UAAAAGGUGAUUAUAGAGACAGUAAGGUCUUUUUAUGCCAAGAAAAAUAAAAUGCUGGAUGUCUCAUGGAAUUUCAGAACUUGAUUUCAAAAGGAUCAUUACCAGGAGGAAAUACAAUUUAGCAUGGUGGACUGCUCCACAGGAUAUUUGAGCUGUGGGAAUCCCCUCAAGUCUAGUGCAUCCGGAAAUUGCUUUGUUGUGCUUCUGACAUCAGAAAGAUGAGCAGACGUACUUGUUGGAUUUGUAAGAUGUGCAAAGAUGAAUCUAAGAGGCCCCCUUCAAACCUUACUUUGGAGGAAGUGUUACAGUGGGCCCAGUCUUUUGAAAAACUGAUGGCUACAAAAUAUGGCCCAGUAGUCUAUGCAGCAUACUUAAAAAUGGAGCACAGUGAUGAAAAUAUUAAAUUCUGGAUGGCAUGUGAAACCUAUAAGAAAAUUGCCUCACGGUGGAGCAGAAUUUCUAAUGCAAAGAAGCUGUAUAAGAUCUACAUCCAACCACAGUCUCCUAGAGAGAUUAACAUCGACAGCUCAACAAGAGAAACCAUCAUCAGGAACAUUCAAGAACCCACUCAAACAUGUUUUGAAGAGGCUCAAAAAAUAGUGUAUAUGCAUAUGGAAAGGGAUUCCUAUCCCAGGUUUCUAAAGUCAGAAAUGUAUCAAAAACUUUUGAAGACUAUUCAGUCCAACAACAAUUCCUGAUUACCACUUGAAAGUUUAAAUUGAAGACAGC